AGCGCCCUGGAAGAUCGAUCAUGGCAUUGCCGGGAGAACUCGGUUUGUCGCAUGCCGCCGACUUGCGCUUCCUGGAGGAGCAUCAGGGAGAGGAAGCUAGGACGAGGAAGCAGUACCACUCCUACUCCAGCUCCUCCUACUCCUUCUCCUCCACCUCCUGCUCCCAGGUUGACAGGGUCCGAGGAUACACCUCGGGGGGGCUUGUAAUUGAUACAAACCCUCUCGAGAAGUCAGGUGCUGUCUACCAUACAGGAAGGAACGUCAUAUGGCCGUCGAACUCGCUCCGAACGAUACGGAUGGAGGAGGAGGAGAGCUACACAGCAAGAUCUUUGCCGUGAAUAUCGCUGCAGCGUUACCAAGGCAGUCUCCGAUUUACCCAGACAUACACCAACGCAUACAAGCUUCCCACCACAAGAC